CGCGGCUCCGUCGCCGCCAGUCGUCCGCCGGCACUCCGCCAACGCAGUCUUUCGUCUUCCCGGCAAGCGUUGCCCUUCAGCAGCAACCUCCACAUCGGCACGCAUUCGCGUCUAGCCAUCCCCUCGCACGGCACCUCUCCUUUUCCACCCGCUCAACCUCUUACCAAAAACUGACCAGGGCGAUGAUGGCCGCCACUCGUAACGCGCUCCUCGUCGUGACGUGCUCCUGCCUCGUCUUCGGCCUUGUCGCCGAGGCGGCCGACCUCAAGGUCGAAAAGGUCUACGUGCCAGAGGUCUGUGAGCUCAAGUCUAAGAAGGGCGAUCAGCUUACGAUGCAUUACACAGGCACCCUGGCCGACGGCACCAAGUUCGACUCAAGCUUCGACAGAGAUUCACCUUUCACAUUCCAACUUGGCGUGGGUCAAGUGAUCAAGGGCUGGGACCAGGGACUCUUGGACAUGUGCGUGUCCGAAAAGAGGAAACUUACGAUACCACCCGAGCUCGGCUACGGCGAUCGUGGAGCUGGAAACGUCAUCCCCGGAGGAGCCACUCUGCAUUUCGAUGUUGAAUUGAUCAAUAUUAGUGAUUCUCCACCAAAUGCCAAUGUUUUUAAAGAAAUUGAUGCCGAUAAGGACAAUCAAUUAUCCCGCGAGGAGGUGAGAACAAUGGUCAGCGAAUACCUGAGGAAGCAGAUGCAGGAGGCCGAGCAAUCAGGCGCCGGCGAGAGCGAGGAAAUGAAGAAGAUGUUGGCCGAUCAGGAUAAGCUCGUGGAGGAAAUUUUCCAGCACGAGGACAAGGACAAGAACGGCUUCAUUUCCCACGAGGAGUUUAGCGGACCGAAGCACGACGAACUGUGAAAAGCUCAUUUCGCCUAGAUCAUUCAGCCACCAAUCACAACACCCACACGCCCACGCGAUUCUAUACAAACAGACGGAUGCACACACACACACACACA